GAGAGAGAGAGAGAGAGAGGUGCACGGGACAGGAGCACACCGGUCGGACUCGGAAGUCGCGAGGAUGGAGAUCCGUCCGGACCGCUUUAAGGCUCAGGCAGGAAAAACUUUGGGAAAAAUACACAGACUCCUGGAGAAACGGCAGCAGAAUGGCGAGACUAUCGAGCUGUCAGCGGAGGGCCGCCCGGAGCUGGUGGAGGAGAAGGAGCUUCCCAUCGUGGACUGCACGUGUUUCGGGUUGCCACGUCGUUACAUCAUCGCCAUCCUGUCAGGCCUGGGCUUCUGCAUCUCGUUCGGCAUCCGCUGUAACCUGGGUGUGGCCAUCGUCAGCAUGGUCAACGACCACACCGUUUACUACGGGAAGAAACCUGUUAUAGUGGCUGCUCAGUUCACAUGGGACCCCGAGACGGUAGGGAUGAUACACGGCUCAUUCUUCUGGGGUUACAUCGUCACACAGAUACCCGGGGGAUUCAUCUGUCAAAAGUUUGCCGCCAACAGGGUGUUUGGCUUUGCCAUUGUGGCCACGUCGACGCUGAAUAUGCUGAUCCCAGCAGCAGCUAGAGCUCACUAUGGCUGUGUUAUCAUGGUCAGGAUUUGCCAGGGGCUUGUGGAGGGUGUGUCGUAUCCUGCAUGUCAUGGCAUUUGGGCCAAAUGGGCUCCGCCCCUUGAAAGAAGUCGAUUGGCCACAACAGCAUUCUGUGGUUCAUAUGCUGGAGCUGUUGUUGCAAUGCCUUUGGCUGGAGUCUUGGUGCAGUACACCGGAUGGUCCUCAGUGUUUUAUGUGUAUGGAAUGGUUGGGAUAUUUUGGUAUCUCUUCUGGAUUUUAGUUUCCUAUGAGAGUCCAGCUGCUCACCCAACCAUCACACCAGAGGAGAGGAAGUACAUAGAGGACGCCAUCGGGGAAACCGCCGGCCUGGUCAACCCUCUGCAGAAAUUUAAAACUCCCUGGCGGCACUUCUUUACCUCCAUGCCGGUGUAUGCCAUCAUCGUGGCCAACUUCUGCAGAAGCUGGACCUUCUACCUGCUCCUCAUCAGCCAGCCCGCUUACUUCGAGGAGGUGUUUGGCUUUGAAAUCAGCAAGGUGGGGAUGGUGUCUGCACUUCCUCAUUUAGUGAUGACCAUUAUCGUGCCAAUUGGAGGACAACUUGCUGACUACCUGAGAACACAUAAUUUAAUGACCACAACGAAUGUCCGUAAACUCAUGAACUGUGGAGGGUUUGGAAUGGAAGCCACUCUACUCUUGGUUGUUGGUUUCUCACAUACCAAAGUAAUAGCUAUUUCUUUCCUUGUACUGGCGGUUGGUUUCAGUGGAUUUGCAAUUUCAGGGUUUAAUGUGAAUCAUCUUGACAUUGCUCCACGUUAUGCCAGCAUCCUGAUGGGAAUCUCCAACGGAGUGGGAACUUUGUCAGGAAUGGUGUGUCCUAUCAUAGUUGGAGCCAUGACCAAACAUAAGACACGUGAAGAGUGGCAGUAUGUCUUCCUCAUCGCAGCACUGGUGCAUUAUGGGGGUGUGAUCUUUUAUGGGAUCUUUGCAUCAGGUGAGAAGCAGCCAUGGGCGGAUGCUGAGAAUACCAGCGAGGAGAAGUGUGGCAUUCUGGGAGAGGACGAACUGGCCAAUGAAACAGAAGAGCUGUACAGGACUGGAGGACAGUAUGGGGCUAUAAACAAUCCCCAUUCUGGUGGUCCCAACGGAGGAGGUGCUGGGGCAGGAUGGGUAUCAGAUUGGGAUAAAACAGAAGAAUAUGUUCAACCUGUCGGGACAAACAGUUAUUUAUAUGGCGGAGAGGGAGAGAGAGAGCUCACAUAGUGAGAAGAAACAGAGUCUAUAUCUAAGAGUUAAAGGAGUAACAAUCAAUGCGGAGUAAAUAAAUAGAGAGAGAGUGAGUGAGUGAGUGAGUGAGUGAGUGAAUGUGUGAGUGUGUGAAUAAGCAACAGAGCGAAUGAGUUUCCAAACUGAUGAUCAGAUUACGUGAGGAUUGUUCUGUAAACAUAGUGUGUGUGUGUGUGUGUGUGUGUUGAUGUGAGAAUACAGUGGUGCUCUGUGAUUUAUAUGUUCAGUAAUUUAGGCUUCCUGCCAAAUCACUGUAAUGCACUUAAAAUGACACAGUGAUAUUAGACAUGUUCAUGGUUCUGGUGUAGGAGUAUAUGGUAUAGGAGUUUCUCUCUCUGUCUCUCUCUCUGUGUGUGUGUGUGCAUGUGUGCAAGUUUCCAGAUUGUGCUCAGUUCCUUUUGUUUUAUCCAGUGCUUUAAAUUGUAAAAGGGUUCAAGCAAAUCUAUGGACGUGUAGACAUUUAUUUGAUCAUAGGUUUGUGCACUUAUACAUGAUAUCCUUGAAGUGACAGUCACCAAAAAUAAAAAUUCUGUCAUUACAUACUCUUUAUAAUUUUAAAGCAACACUAUGUACAUUUUGGUGCUCUAGCAGUCAAUAAACAGAAAUGCACGCAUCCCGCGGAAGAAAAUUGUACCUGGAGCUACUUCAUUAUUUUUACAGGCUACAAUAGUCCAAAAAUAAUCACUUAUUAUGAAUGUACCGUAUGGAUUUAGGAUAAGAUGAAAAAGACAGUUUGGUAUAUGAAUAUAUGAUUUAAUCACUUAUUAUAUACAUUUUGAAAAUUUUAAACACAGAAAAAAUGUUACAUAGUGUUGCUCUAAAUAUAUGGUUUAAUAUAUAAUGAUGGCAUUUUCAUUUUGGCCUAAACUAUUGUUUAAACAUGACUGAAUGUGUGUGCAAGUUUAAACGACCCAGAUCCUCAUCAUUGGGUCAGUGCACAAGCGUGUUUUUAUCCUUUGAUGUACUAUAUUAUUCACAUAUACAGGUUUUCACAAGCUUACACAAUGCACACAAAUUCAGUAAAUCUGUGGAUGAAUCUAUUUUGCGCACGAUGAAGGUGUUACUGCCAGGCAAACUCACAGUCAUUUACACAUUACAUUUACAUUUCUCCAUUUGCUGACACUUUUAUCCAAAAGGUAUAGUUGGGAACUUAACCCAUGACUAUGACAUUGCUGAUGCUGAUGCCAUGAGUCCAAAUAUAUCGACACGCACAAACACAGAAAAUGCCAGGUGAAUUACAAGGGAUAAGUGCCGAAAUACUGAGAAGUUGAAGGGUUGUAUUCUGAGCAUAUGCAGAUUUUAUCAUGUGCAUCCAUUUAGGGUCCAUUCAGUCAGAGAGCAGUAUGAUCUUAGGGAAUCAACCAGAAAACAUCAUUAGGGAAUGGAAAGAAGAUGAUUAAGUAGUGACCAGUUGAUUCUGCCCUUUAUUUUGAUGUUAUUCUGCUUCAUGUGUUUGUAACUUUUUGCGCUUAUUUCCUGAAUCUUUCAUUUCUUUCUUUAUUUUGUUUUCCCAAAUGUAACUUGACUUGUCAGCACAAUAGAAACAAAACAAGAAAAACAUGAUUUCCCUUUGAGGGAAAAACUGAAAUAAUAAUAAUAAUAAUAAUAGUAAUAAUUAUAUAAUUAAAAAAUGUGUAAAAAUUGAAUACGUGAAAAUUCCCUGUGUACAAUAAAACGAAUUAAAUUUAUAAA